AGACGGGUAAUGUUUUGUAGCUUGUUUAUUCACCAACAACUUCAGUUACAUAUUUGUAUUUUGCAUUUGCAUUGUUUCCAAUUUAUAUGAUGGGCGAGUAUAUUAAACUCAACGCAAUUUCGUUUGGUUUUCCGAUAUCGGUAUCAGCUUAGUUAGCAAUAUCUCUAUGAAAUAAACAUAUGUCGAAUGACUAGUGUAUAGGUUAUACAUAUUUUAGUUGAUUGUAUAGAUAGUUGGUAUUUUAGUUUCGCAUAUAAUUUUGUUUAGUAUAGUUAUAUAUUCUACUUGGUCACCAUUGGUCUUUAUAAAUAGUAUAUAUGUAUGUUUGUGUUCUGGUUUCUCCCGGUUCUCACCCUAUAAACAUGGCAUGGCAUGACAUGAGUACACAUAGUUUCAAGGUUUGAAUAAAAAUGUGAUAAUCGUUAAAGGACUAUAGUACAUAUAGUUAGUAGCUCGUGUUAUAUUAAUAUAUGCCCUGCUAUCCAUAUUAAAUACUCUGUUUAUUUUGACUAAUAUGCUCGCGCUAAACUAUAGUUUUUUUGCGGUCAUUCGAAUACGAACUUUUGAGAGAGAGUAUGUGUGUGCGGUUAUCUUAGUUAGCAAAUACAUACAGUAAACGUUAAGUAUAUCAAUUUAAUAAUAGUUUCGAAUAUUUAAAUACUGUGCACAAAACGCUUUGGUUAGCUGCUUUAGCAUUGUUGUUUGUUUGACCCCAUACCAGCUUUUUUGGAUUGUUAAUUUCAUAACACUUAUGCAACAUUUGAACAUAGUUAGGCAACAAUAACGACUGAUUACGAAUUAUAUAUUGAGUAUGCUGCACUAUUCAGUUAGAAGCUAUAUUGUCUAAUUCACACGUUUAUAUUGAAUGCUGGGCCCCCGGAAGGGGGGCUUGAAGCAUAAACUUACACAACAUCUUUAUGAAAACUGAACAAAACCUUUUGCUAAAUAUCAUAUGUACUUUGGAGUUGCAUACCCUGUACAAUGUCUUUGUACUACAUAUGUAUGUAAAAGUGGCUAUAUUAUGCAAUUUUUGAAGAGUCCCUUAGUUAUAAAACGCGUGUUGCAUGAUUGAAUUCGGCAAUUCUUCAAAGCGUGAAAAGUCAUAACGAACACAACGUAGAAUUUCUCGUGUGCUAUGAUUCGAUCUAUAUUAUUAUUUUAGUAGGUUAAGUUUCACAACAAUGGAACAACGAUGAUAAUCAGCAAGUAUUUCAGCUAUUCGUAUAUACAGUUUGUCAAUAUAACCUCAUUGUAUACCUGCGAUUAACUACAUUUUGUUGGCCUUCUUGUGCCUUUUUCGGUCAUUACAGAGUUAUUUUCCUUUACAAUAUGGAGUACGAAUAUUUUGGGUAUACGCGUGCAAAAUAAUGCUUUUAGUGGUCCAAUAACUAUGGAUUUGUGCAAUAAAGAGGAUUUUACAUGAUCUUUUCUAUCACAACGCAAAAAGACACUUGCAGCCAUUCAAGUGUCUUGCGACAAUAUCCUAAUGAUCCAAGUUGAUCGGGUUAAGUGGGGGAAUGAAGUCGGUAAUACUUAUGAGGAAGAGGCUUAAACUUUGGGUGGGAAGAGUUGAAGACUUUACAAGUAGUUCUACAAGUUUAUAGGUAACAUUUAUAAAACACUCAAUUUAGCGAUUUCAUUCCCCACUAGAUAAUCGAAAACAUAAAAUGCAACUUAAUAUAUUCAAAAUUGUGUUCGCGUAUAGGCCCUCUAAAAGUAUUUGUUUUCUAUGGAAAGGUUUUUAUAUUCCGCGUACCAUUUGGUACCAAAAGCUUAUCAAUAAUUCCCUUAUUUUGUCAGAUAACUUGUGAGUGUGCUAUGUGGGCAACAAUUUUACAAGAUUUUUUGAUUAUAUAGUUACUUUAAUUUAACUUUAACAACUUGAAUAUGAAAUUGAUUUGCUUAAGGAAGGUGGGUCUCCGGUUUGGUUGGAGUUGUGCCCAUUAUUGCCAUCCAGUUGCUACGCCGUAUUGCCAAAAGGUUUUAAUGGGUUUAUAGGAGCGAAUCAAGUCUCGACAGAACCGAGAACCAAAGUUACCUGGGUUUUCGGUUCUAAAACUAAAAAAAUUUCCAUUUGGACUCGUUUAAAUAUUUUCUAAAUAAAAAUCUUCGAACUCGCAAUCUCUUUGGCCCAACGACCUCGGAAAGUUUAAAAUUACCUGCCCAAAAUGAAUCGUUUUUUGUAUCCAUCGCGUUGCAAUGCGAGCGAUGUCUUCCACGGAGACCCCUUCAAAAUUCAGUCGUACAACUUUCGCUAUGCCGACAAACCGUUUUAUCCGAUCCAGAAUUAUCAGAGGCCAGUGCCACCAACUCCGCCGCCGCUUGUGAAGAAGCCCUCCUUCCAGACCUUCUACCAAAAUCCCAGGUUCAGUCAGGAUCCCGAGUACAUUCCUACCAAUAGGAGUCCACACACUAGAACUUUUAGUGAGCACCGGAGACGUCGUUUACUCCAGGAGUCCAAGGCUGUGCCGGUGGCUCCGCAGACGAGGGGUCUACCCAUCUCAUCCACUGUCACGAAUUCCCCGCUCCUCAGAACCUGCUGCCAAAGCAGAGAGUACCAGACCAUGAGACGGGAUCAGAGCCGUUUGACAGUGAGGACUAAUAGGAGCAAUGUCCUGCGAUCGACUGGUGGUGUCAUCCCAAAGGCCUCAGCCACCACAUUCUUCCGUGGCUCCAACACCCAGCUGCAGAGCAAGAGAAGCGCCUGCAGUGGCUGCAAGAUCAACAUAAACAUCUCCAAUGUGGACCCGCAGUCCGAGGUGGACAACAAUGUGAGCAUCAAGAUCGAGGCGGAUGCCUAUCUGCUGAACAACACUGAUCAAGUGAAGACAAAGCAGGAACAGAGUAGUUCCACAUCCGCUGGAUCCUUUGGCAUCGACAAGCGGCUGUCCAAGUUCAAUGUGAGCGAAACGAAACCGAGGACCAGUCCGGAAUGGGAGCUCCGGCAGCGAAAUAAGGCUAGGGAACAGGAGCGACUACGAGAACGGGAGCGGGAUCGUCAGCUUCUGGAGGAUCGAAGACUUGAACUGGAAAGGGAGCGCCAAGAGGAGCGGGAUCAUGCCCGUCAGCGGGAACGGGAUCGUGAGCAACUUCGUCAGCUGGAGAGGCAGAGGGAUAGGGAGCGUCUUCUAGAAAUGGAGGAGGAGCGCGAAAGGCAUCGAUUGCGCGAGCUGGAGCGGGAAUCCCAGCGGUUCAGGGAGUACCAUCGCCUGUGUGUCCUCCAUGAGCAGCUGCGUCGGGAGCCCAUGCGGGUCAUGUCCACGCCGACCCCAAGACCACCGGUUCCGAUGACCUCGCACCUCUACACUCCCACCUCCGACGACCGUUUGCCCGGAAUGGCCUUCUGUGACUUACAUUCGUCAAGGACUGAGCGUUUACAGACCGCAACGAGGAAUCCGCCUGUGCCGCAAGAAAGGCGGAGAGCUCCGCUUAGCCAGGAAAUAAAAACCGUCCCAUCCGCUACCCGUUCACUUACUCCACCGCCGAUUUUUACGCGGAAUAGCGACUCACGUUCACCUACACCCCCACGAGAACCCACCUCCCGAUCACCUACUCCCACUGGGAGUUCCAACCGCUGCUCCAGUCUAAGUACCACCUCCAUUCGUAGUCGCCGACGUAGCGCCACUCCUACCAUCCCAAGAAACCUGGACCGCACUAGUUCGGGAACCUCUAAUGGCAAUGUCCAUGUCACGGUCACCACCAACGGAGUGCGAAGCAGCUGCAGGAUGGGGCGGUCCUCCAAUGGUCGGGUGAGUGAACCCAAGCAGCUGAAUGGGAGCGAACCCCUCGUCACCAGUCUGAAUAAUAUGCCCAUAAGGAUAACCACCUCACAGACGUCAGAUAGGGAUCUGGCUUUCAGCAUGAACCACGUGAGAAUGAGGGGGUCUUCCCCAGCGACAAGGGAGAGGAGCAGCAGUCACGAAAGACAGGAUGCCUGCCAGGUGAAGAUCAACGUAUAUGCGGAGAAUCAGCGGCGGUUGCGUUUAUGAGAAGGGGAAGAGGGGGAUUCCAUGGAUGAAUUCCGGGUCAGAUCAUCUCUAGAGUAUAGAUUUAAUCAGCCCCAGAAGUCACCCAUGUAAUCCCUUCAUUUCUCUUUAAUGGACCAGUUGUGAGAUUCGUUAUUUGACUUGUAUAUGUUUUUAGCCCAAACAAAAUUCGAAAAGAAUAGCCAAAAUUCCUAGAAAGUUAA